AUGCACAAUUUUCAAAUAUGUGUUUUUACGGGAAUUUUGGCUUCCCUGAUAACUUUUACUAUUGCUGCACCAAGAAAUUUCAAAAACAUAAAUAUUGAUAUAACCGGACGAUCCAAAUCGAACUGUCGCACGCCAUAUGGUCCAUCGAGUAGAUAUUCAACUGGUCCAUAUCCUGUCUUCGUUACAUCAGGCGACUUUAAUAAUGACAAAAGACUUGAUGUAGUAGCAGCCAAUUAUCAUGACAAUACUGUAAGUGUGUUAUUGGGUGAUAGAAAUCAAACGUUUCAGAAUCAAUCCGUGUAUGCGACUGGUAUUGGUCCAGUAUCUAUUGCAGCUGGUGAUUUUGAUAGUGAUGGUAAGCUGGAUCUAGCAGUGGUCAAUAUCGAUGACAACAGUUUAAGUGUACUACUCGGUAAUGGAGAUGGAACGUUUCAAAAUCAAAUUACUUAUUCAACUGGUAAUCUGCCAAAUUCUCUUGCAGUUGGUGAUUUUAAUAAAGAUAGCAAACUUGACUUGGCAGUUGUUAAUCACCGAGAUAAUAACAUCAUUAUAUUCAUAGGUAAUGGAGACGGUACUUUUCAGCGUUCAUCAAUAUGUCCAACUAGUAAUCUUCCAAUAUUUAUCUUAGCUAUUGAUUUAACUAAUGACAGAAAACUAGAUCUAGUGGUUGCAAACUAUUAUGACACGACAAUAGGUGUUCUACUUGGAAAUGGUGAUGGAACAUUUCAAAAUCAAAUGAUCUAUCCUACUGACCGUGGUCCAUCGUCUAUCGUAGCAGGCGAUUUUAAUAAUGAUAAAAAACUGGACCUCGCAGUGGUUAAUAAUGCUGACGACUCUAUGAGUGUACUGUUAGGUAUUGGUAAUGGAACCUUUCGAAAUCAGAAUAAAUUUUCGGUUGGCAGUAGUCCGUUAUCUAUUACAAUAGGUGACUUCAAUAAAGACACAAAAUUAGAUGUAGCGAUCAGCAAUUUUGGAAGUCAUAUUCAACUUAUGGAUAAUGCAAAUACUGCCAGUGUGUUACUUGGAAAUGGAGAUGGUACCUUUCAAAAUCGAACUAUUUAUCCUACAGGUAGGGCUCCAUCAUGCAUUAUAGCGGGUGAUUUCACUCAAGAUAUGAAUUUGGAUCUCGUAAUAAGCAAUAUGCUUGACAAUGAUACAAACUUCCUACGUGGUAAUGGUGAUGGAACGUUUCUAAAUCAAAAACAAUACGCAACUGGCAAUGGUCCAAUGUCUAUCACAACAGGCGAUUUCAAUAAUGACACAAAAUUGGAUCUAGCAAUAGCUAAUCAAAUAGAUGCAAGUGCUAGUAUACUACUUGGUAAUGGAGAUGGAAGUUUUCAGAAGCAAAGUAACUAUUCUACUGACAAGGGCGCAUCGUCUAUCUCAGUAGGUGAUUUCAAUAAUGACAAAAUCUUAGAUUUAGCCGUAGCUAAUAGUGGUGAUAACAGUGUUAGUAUACUAAUUGGUAAUGGAGAUGGAACAUUUCAGAAACAAAAAGUGUAUUCAACUGGAAAGAAUCCAAGCGCUGUAGUCGUAGCUGAUUUCAAUCACGAUUCAAAACUUGAUUUAGCAGUAACAAAUUACAAUGACUUUAGUAUUAGUAUAUUAAUAGGAAAUGGAAAUGGAACUUUUCGGCGUCAAAUUCCAUACUCGGUUGGAGACUAUCCAAGUUCUGUUACAACAGGUGAUUUUAAUAAUGAUAAUAAUGUCGAUUUAGCCGUACCCAAUUAUUCUUCCGACACUAUAAGCGUGCUGCUUGGGAAUGGAGAUGGAACAUUCCAGAAUCGUACCACGUAUCCAUCUGGAAGUUCUCCAUUAUUCAUUACAGCAAUGGAUUUCAAUAAUGAUACUAAACUAGAUUUAGUAGUGAAUAAUCAAGGGGAGGAUAGCAUUAGUAUACUAUUAGGCAACGGAGAUGGUACUUUUCAGCCCAGAAAAUCGUAUAUAAGUGGUCCUUAUUCAUAUUCGUUUUUUCCAGCUGAUUUCAAUAACGAUAAUAAACUUGAUGUAGCAGUAAUAAACUUUUUAGACAACACUAUCAGUGUAUUACUUGGUAAUGGAGAUGGAACUUUGCAACAACGUAUCAUCUAUUCCGUUCAAGGAUUUCCCAUCUCUGUAACAGCAGGAACUUUCACAAAUGAUAACACCAAGAUCGAUCUUGUACUGGCCGAUCUUGCAAAUAAUAAUGUUGCUAUACUUUUGAAUACAUGCUCGUAA